AUGGAGAUUGGAUGGAUGCACAGUCGGAGACAAAGGCAAGUCCUUGUUUUCUUUGUUUUGCUGAGCUUGUCUGGGGCUGGCGCCGAGUUGGGGUCCUAUUCCGUAGUGGAAGAAACGGAGAGAGGCUCUUUUGUGGCAAAUCUAGGAAAAGACCUGGGGUUGGGGUUGACAGAGAUGUCCACCCGCAGGGCCAGGAUCAUUUCCCAGGGGAACAAACAGCAUUUGCAGCUCAAGGUUCAAACUGGGGAUUUGCUCAUAAAUGAGAAGCUAGAUCGAGAGGAGCUAUGUGGUCCCACUGAGCCUUGCAUACUACAUUUCCAAGUGUUAAUGGAAAAACCUUUAGAAAUAUUUCAGGCUGAACUGAGGGUGAUAGAUAUAAAUGACCAUUCUCCCAUAUUCACUGAAAAGGAAAUGAUUCUAAAAAUACUGGAAAACAGUCCUCUAGGAACUGAGUUCCCUCUGUAUCAUGCUUUGGACUUGGACGUAGGAAGCAAUAAUGUUCAAAACUAUAAAAUCAGCCCAAAUUCCCAUUUUGGGGUUCUAACCAAAGAACGCAAUGAUGGCAGAAAAUACCCUGAGCUAGUGUUGGAUAAAGAGCUGGAUAGGGAGGAGGAGCCUCAACUAAGAUUAACCCUGACAGCGCUGGAUGGCGGCUCUCCACCGCGAUCUGGAACUGCUCAGGUCCGCAUUGAAGUGGUGGACAUCAAUGAUAACGCCCCUGAGUUUGAGCAGCCCAUCUACAAAGUGCGGAUUCCAGAGAACAGCGCCCUUGGCUCUCUGGUAGCCACUGUCUCCGCCAGGGAUUUAGACAGCGGAGCCAACGGAAAAAUAUCAUACUCACUCUUUCAGCCUUCAGAGGAUAUUAGUAAAACGUUGGAGGUAAAUGCUAUGACAGGGGAAAUUCGACUGAGAAAACAAGUAGAUUUCGAAGCGGUUACGUCUUAUGAAGUGCACAUCAAAGCCACAGAUGGAGGAGGUCUUUCAGCAAAGUGCACUCUUCUCCUGCAGGUGGUGGACGUGAAUGACAAUCCCCCACAGGUGACCAUUUCUGCACUCACCAGCCCCAUCCCAGAGAACUCGCCUGAGACUGUAGUUGCUGUUUUCAGCGUUUCAGAUCCUGACUCCGGAAACAAUGGGAAGACGAUUUCCUCCAUCCAGGAAGACCUUCCGUUCCUUCUAAAACCUUCAGUCAAGAACUUUUACACCUUGGUAACAGACAGAGCACUCGACAGAGAAGCAAGAGCUGAAUAUAAUAUUACCCUCACCGUCACAGAUAUGGGGACUCCAAGACUGAAAACGGAGCACAACAUAACAGUGCAGAUAUCAGAUGUCAAUGAUAACGCCCCCGCUUUCACCCAAACCUCCUACACCCUCUUCGUCCGCGAAAACAACAGCCCUGCCCUACACAUUGGCAGUGUCAGCGCCACAGACAGAGACUCAGGCACCAACGCCCAGGUCACCUACUUCCUACUGCCGCCCCAGGACCCGCACCUGCCCCUCUCCUCCCUAGUCUCCAUCAACGCGGACAACGGCCACCUGUUCGCCCUCAGGUCGCUGGACUACGAGGCCCUGCAAGGGUUCGAGUUCCUGGUGGGCGCCGCAGACCGCGGCUCCCCGGCGCUGAGCAGCGAGGCGCUGGUGCGCGUGCUGGUGCUGGACACCAACGACAACUCGCCCUUCGUACUGUACCCGCUGCAGAACGGCUCCGCGCCCUGCACCGAGCUGGUGCCCCGGGCGGCCGAGCCGGGUUACCUGGUGACCAAGGUGGUGGCGGUGGACGGCGACUCGGGCCAGAACGCCUGGCUGUCGUACCAGCUGCUCAAGGCCACGGAGCCCGGGCUGUUCGGCGUGUGGGCGCACAAUGGCGAGGUUCGCACCGCCAGGCUGCUGAGCGAGCGCGACGCGACCAAGCACAGGCUGGUGGUGCUGGUCAAGGACAAUGGCGAGCCUCCGCGCUCGGCCACCGCCACGCUGCACGUGCUCCUGGUGGACGGCUUCUCCCAGCCCUACCUGCCGCUCCCGGAGGCGGCCCCCGCCCAGGCCCAGGGCGACUGGCUCACGGUUUACCUGGUGGUGGCGUUGGCCUCGGUGUCGUCGCUCUUCCUCUUCUCGGUGCUCCUGUUCGUAGCAGUGAGACUGUGCAGGAGGAGCAGGGCGGCCUCAGUGGGUCGCUGCUCAGUGCCCGAGGGCGCCUUUCCAGGGCAUCUGGUGGACGUGAGCGGCACCGGGACCCUAUCCCAGAGCUACCAGUACGAAGUGUGUCUGACAGGAGGCUCAGAAGCAAAUGAGUUCAAGUUCCUGAAUCCGAUUAUCCCCAACUUCCCUCCUUAGGGCACUGGGAAAGAAAUAGAUUACUAUUCCACCCUUCACAAUAGCUCUGGGUUUAAUUCUUGACAGGAACCCAUUUGAUAAAUUAUUUAACUUCUUAUGAUUGUCUUGUUGAUUAAAUUGUUCAUGCUCA